AUGGAAGAGAGACGUGCUCAGCUCCGCCAGUCACUAGGACCGGCUAUGGGAUACCUCAACGCCAUCGUUGAGAUGGGAGUGCUCAAGACCUUUAUCGACUACAAAGCCUUCGACAUGAUCCCGGACUCUGGAUCCAUCUCGCUCUCCGAGCUGGCGCGGAAGAUUGGCGGCGAGCACGAAGUCCUCGAACGUCUUGCAGCACACCUCAUAGCAGCGGACUUCCUCACCUCCCCGGCCCCAGACCACGUCGCUCACACAGCCAAGUCGCUCACCUACAAGUCCGAGCAAAUGGCCGCUGGCUUCCUCGUGCACGUAUUCAACAUGCUCUUCCAGCCCAUGGCUCAGCUGCCCACGUAUUUCGCACAGCAUGGCUUGGCCUCCCCCAAGCAUGCCGACGUCACGCCUUUCGGUCUCGCCUGGGGCCAUCCGGACAAGGACGUCUACGGGAUCCUCGAGGCCGAACCGGCAUUGGCCAAGGUGUUCAAUAGCAUGGUCGGGCGCAGCGGCGCUCUCUACCCGAUGAAAGGCGUCUAUGACUUCUCGUGGAUGCAGCAGCAGGUCGGCAGUCUGGAUGGGGAGCGCCCUGUCUUCGUUGAUAUCGGAGGGAGCAGUGGGCUUGCGUUGCGAGAUAUGCUGAGCGACAACCCCUUCGUGCCCGCGGAGCGAUGCGCCGUCUUCGACCUCCCCAAGGCCAUCGAGAACGCUGCAAGCAGCCUGGACCCUGCCCUGCAAUCCAUCCAGCUCGUCCCUGGCAGCAUUUUUGAUCCGCUCCCUCCAGCCGUGCGAGGCUCCCUGGUGUACCAGUUCCGCCGCAUCCUCAAUGAUUUCCCCGACGGCGACGUUCUGAGGUCGUGGAAGACGGUGCGAGAGGCGGCGGCGAGUGAUACGCGGGUUUACGUUGUAGAGGAGUUGAUGCAGGCGAAUAGAACCACGUUUCAGAUUGCGCAGGACAUUACGUUCAUGCUGGUUGGGGGAAAGCGACGGACUGUGGAGAUGCAUGCGGCGUUGGCUGGUGCUGCGGGAUUUCGCCUUAAUGCGCAGUUUCAGGACACUGGGAAUGAAUGUGCGGUCCUCGAGUUUAUUUUGGCCUAG